UAUUUCAUUGUGGUGAUGAUCGUCGGGCUAUGGGCGAUGGUGAGGACCAACCGAGGCACUGUUGGUGGCUUCUUUCUGGCUGGCCGAGACAUGGUCUGGUGGACGAUGGGCGCCUCGCUCUUUGCCAGUAACAUCGGCAGUGGCCACUUCGUGGGCCUGGCUGGGACUGGAGCAGCUACAGGAGUCGCCACUGUAACAUUUGAAUGGAAUUCUCUGUUCCUGUUGCUGAUUCUUGGGUGGGUCUUUGUCCCCAUAUACAUCAAGUCAGGGAUCAUGACCAUGCCGGAGUACCUGAAGAAGCGGUUUGGUGGGAAGCGACUCCAGAUCUACCUCUCUGUCCUCACCCUCUUCACUUGUGUGGCGUUGAGGAUCUCAGCAGACAUAUUUUCUGGAGCCAUAUUCAUCAAGAUGGCCCUGGGACUGGACCUUUACCUGGCAAUCUUCAUCCUCUUGGGUAUCACUGCUGUGUACACGAUCACUGGGGGCUUGGCCUCAGUUAUUUAUACAGACACCCUCCAGACCAUUAUCAUGCUGAUCGGUUCUGUCAUUCUCACGGGGUAUGCAUUUGCCGAAGUUGGAGGGUAUGAGAGUUUUACAGAGAAGUACAUGAAUGCCAUCCCGAGUGUGGUGGAGGGAGACAACCUGACCAUCAGUUCCAAGUGCUACACCCCUCAAGAGGACUCCUUCCACAUUUUCCGAGAUCCUGUCACUGGAGAUAUCCCAUGGCCAGGAAUAAUAUUUGGAAAUACCCUCGUUGCUAUGUGGUACUGGUGCACAGAUCAGGUGAUUGUGCAGCGCUGCCUCUCAGGUAAGAACAUGUCUCAUGUGAAGGCCGCCUGUGUCAUGUGUGGGUACCUGAAGCUGCUGCCCAUGUUCUUUAUGGUGAUGCCUGGGAUGAUCAGCCGCAUCCUGUACACAGAUGAGAUAGCCUGCGUUGUUCCUUCUGAAUGUGUGAAACACUGUGGCACUGAAGUUGGCUGCACAAACUAUGCCUACCCAAUGCUGGUGAUGAGACUGAUGCCGAAUGGACUUCGAGGUCUGAUGAUGUCGGUCAUGUUGGCCUCUCUCAUGAGCUCCCUGACCUCCAUCUUCAACAGUGCCAGCACCCUCUUCACCAUAGAUCUCUACACCAAGGUGCGGAAGCAGGCAUCUGAAAAAGAGCUCCUUAUAGCUGGACGGAUAUUUACCGUUAUAUUAAUUGUCAUCAGCAUUCUGUGGGUCCCAUUAGUAGAGGUAUCUAAUAAUGGACAACUGAUCCACUAUGUAGAAUCAAUUUCUAGCUACCUUGGACCUCCAAUUGCAGUUGUCUUCCUGCUUGCUAUCUUCUGUAAAAGAGUCAAUGAACAGGGAGCCUUCUGGGGUCUAAUGAUCGGACUUGUGAUUGGCCUUAUUCGUAUGAUUGCUGAAUUUGCCUAUGGAACAGGAAGUUGCUUAGCUGCCAGUAACUGUCCCAAGAUCAUCUGUGGAGUGCACUAUCUGUACUUUGCUAUCAUUCUCUCUGCUAUUUCUGCACUAGUUGUCCUGGGAAUUUCCCUGUUAACAAAACCCAUUCCUGAUAUACAUCUGUAUCGCCUUUGCUGGGCUCUCCGGAACAGUACAGAAGAACGAAUUGAUUUAGAUGCAGAUGAGAAAAGACAAGAAGAAGAUGAUGAUGGUGAUGAAGAACAUUAUCCUGAGGAAACUCGUGGAUGUCUGAGGAAGACAUAUGACUUAUUCUGUGGUCUGCCAAAGAAAGCCCCCAAGCUGACUGAAGAGGAAAAAGAAGCCCAGAGAAAGAAGCUGACAGACACAUCUGAGAAGCCCCUAUGGAGGACUGUUGUGAACCUCAAUGCCAUCGUACUCCUGGCAGUGGCAGUUUUCAUCCACGCCUAUUAUGCCUGA